AUGACAGAGCGCACACCUUUCGCACCAGAAAAGCCAACGGGCACUCAAGACUCUCCACCGGGGUCGAACACGACAGUGGCAUCACUCUCUACACCCAGUGCCACCAAACUCCAAGCCAUCGACGCGCAAGCCCCGGUCAAUGAUGGCUAUCCGCACGGUACUCGCUUGGCUGCCAUUGUUCUCUCACUCCUGCUGGUCAUGUUUCUGGUGUCUCUUGAUAACACCAUUCUUGGAACCGCUAUCCCUAAAAUCACCGAUCAAUUCCAUGACCUGAACAAGGUUUCAUGGUACGGAGCGGUAUACUUCAUGACCUUUGGCGGUGGGUUCCAAUCGACCUGGGGAAAGGUCUAUAAGUUCCUUCCCAUCAAACUUUGGUUCCUUAUCGGCUUGUUCAUUUUUGAGCUGGGAAGCCUCCUUUGUGGAGUCGCCCCAGAUCCCACAGCUCUGAUAGUGGGCCGGGCAAUUGCAGGGUUGGGCGGAGCUGGGGUGACGGUGGGAAUCUUCACCAUACUUGGAUUUGCCGCCCCUCCUGAAAAGCGUCCGCAGUUGUUAGGGUAUACCGGCGCCACAUACGGAAUCGCUGCCGUUCUCGGUCCCCUUAUCGGAGGCGCCUUUACCGAUCAGUGCUUCUACGUUAACCUACCCAUUGGGGGGUUUGCGGCGGUGAUUAUCCUCGUAUUCUUCCAGGCCCCGGCCAAUGCAAUGCCCGCGCGAGCCACUCUGCGCGAAAAGUUGUUGCACAUGGACUUUGUCGGUGCCGCUCUCGUGAUGGGAUUGAUCAUCUCAUAUAUCUUAGCACUGCAGUAUGGUGGUCAAACACAUUCCUGGAAGAGUAGCGUCGUGGUCGGCUUGCUGGUCGGUUUCGUUCUCAUUCUGGGGGUCUUCAUCACAUGGGAAAUCCACCAAAGAGAGCAUGGAAUGAUAGUUCCGCGACUGUUCAUGCAACGCUACAUCUUUGUCGGUUCCAUCUUCAUGUUCUUUUUCGGUGGCGCGUACUUCACAGUCUUGUAUUAUCUCCCCAUCUACUUCCAAAGUGUCUACAACAGUAGUCCCAUCGGAUCCGGGGUCAAGAUGCUUGCCCUCAUCAUUCCCUUGACGAUUGCCGCCAUUGUCCAAGGGGUCGCAUUAUCCAAGAUCGGCAUCGUGCCUUUAUUCUGGGUGAUUGGCGGCGCGAUAGGAACCAUCGGGUGCGGGCUCUUUUAUACCAUGGGCACCCACACUUCGACUGGCCAGUGGAUUGGGUAUCAGAUCCUGGUGGGAUUUCCGAUUGGGUGGACAUUUCAGGUCGCUCUUUCCAACGCACAGGUCCAUGCGGCACCCGAGGACAUGUCGCAAGUGGCGUCUAUUGUGAAUUUCUUCGUGACCGUCGGCGGGUCUUUCUUCCUGUCCGCCGCACAAUCCGCUUUCAACAAUCAGCUGCUCCAGGUGGUUACCCGCCGACUCCCCGAUCUGGAUCCAUCUGUGGUUCUGGGAAUCGGGGCCACGCAGAUUCGCCAAGCAUUCCCAUCCGCGCAAGUACCUGUCGUGAUUGACGCAUAUGUGGUUGGGUUGAAGGCGGUCUUCGCCAUCACAUUGGCGGCUUUUGGCCUCAGCACAAUCAUUGCUUUCUUUGGUAGCUGGAAGAGACUGCAUGGAGAGAGGUUGAACAAGGCUGCUGGAGGCGCAGUAUGA